GUUUGAGCGCUUCUCCAGUCGUCCAUGAGCUCUGGAUGUUUACAGUGAGAAUUGUAUGGCAGGAAUUUUCUAACAUCAAAUAUUUAAACAUCAUUUGCAUCCAUACAAAAGUUCCAAUGGAGACAGAGAUCCUGUGACACAGUUAUUUGGAUGGAGUCUUCGCGGGGCACAGGCGGUCACUCCCACGAGUACAAAUUGGUGAUGUUAGGAGAGGGGGGUGUGGGCAAAAGCGCCAUCAUCAUGCAGUUUAUAAGUCACAGAUUCCCAGAAGAUCAUGACCCUACUAUCGAGGAUGCCUAUAAAACGCAGAUCCGCAUAGACGAUGAGCCAGCAAACCUGGACAUCCUGGACACAGCAGGUCAGGCGGAGUUCACAGCGAUGCGUGAUCAGUACAUGCGGGCAGGCGAAGGUUUCAUCAUCUCAUACUCCAUCACAGACCGCCGCAGUUUCCAGGAGGCACGGCACUUUAAACAGCUGAUCUACCGCGUGCGACGCACUGUGGACACGCCUGUCGUACUGGUGGGAAACAAGUCUGACCUGGCCCAUCUCAGACAGGUGUCUGUGGAGGAGGGCAAACAGCUAGCGAGAGAGUUCCAGUGCCCUUUUUUUGAGACGUCCGCAGCGUUCCGUUACUAUAUUGAUGAGGUGUUUGCCGCACUGGUGCGUCAGAUCCGUCAGCGCGAGGCCGAGAUGGUGCGUGGGAGCGAGAGAAAAACUCGGCGGAGCCAUUCUUUCUGGAGUCGCCUUAAAGCUCCCUUCCACAGGAAACAGCAGUCCAAGCACUGAGAGAGCCACAGAGAAAAGCAUGAUGGGGCAGCAUGGCUCUCUUGCCUGCAGCUGUAUUAGUUCCACCCCCCUCGAGUGGUUUGAGGACUCUUUUCAUAUAUUAUAUUUGAUUGGUUGCACUCCUAAUCAUUUCAGAUGGAAAUUAGACUACAACAACCCUCAAUGUGCAGUGCACACACUCACUGUUGUCAUAUGGGAUGUGGGCUGAUUUACUGAUUUUUGUGCUUAGAAAAGAAAUAUAAAACGUGACAGUAGCAUCUUUUUUUAUUUUUGGAUGGCAUUAUAUUUUGUGAAGGUGAAAGUCAGGGGAAUUAUUGUCACCUCACAUUUGAACUGGUGUAAAGGUGGGUAAUGGGGCAUAGAUACAUGAGUAAUUCUAAAGUGAAAAGAGAGGUAAGGUCAUGUCAGAUACUGGAUCAAAGAUUUGCUGAGAGGAAAUGAUGGAGAAUAUGGAUAUGAUGGAAUGAGCUUUAACAGAGAACAAAAAGCAUGUCGGCAGAGUAAAAAGAAAGAGCAAAGUAUGUGCAAAGGUGAAUUGUGGUAACAGGCUAAAGGUUCAUGGUAGAAAAAUUAACUUUAUCUGUCAGUAUAAUGAGUACUGUAAACCAUUCCUUUUAACCUGACUGUAGUUUUUAUUUUUAAAAAUAUACCAUUGCUGUAGUUGAGGAUGAAAAUCAAGCAUAACUUAUAUUUGAUUUGAACUCAGUAGCUUCUUAGUGAAUAGUGAAUCUCAAGUAAUUUGUCCGGUCAUAUUUCACACCAAAAUCAAAAGAAUGAUAGAUAUAUAUAUAUAUAUACACACACACACAUAUAUGGAAUUACACUAAAUAGAAUGAUAUUUCUUUGCGUUAGGGUAAUAAAAACUGGAGGACAAUAUAAAAAUAUAAUUUCUUCUUUCUUUCUUUUGAUUUUGGGGUGAAAUAUGACCUGGGAAUAUUCUUGACAGGUUUCUUUAGAAUCUCUAUGAAGUGGUUGCGAAAAACACUGUAUGAUUGACUUUAUGAAAGCUUUUAAGCACACAAACAGAUUGAAUGACUUGAUGUAGGAACAGAUCUCUUCAAUGUGGUUCAUGAAGGUGUGUCCAUAUGUAGAUAUUCUUUUAAACAUGCUGUGCACUUACUACACAUCACAUGUGAAUGGUAAUUCAUGCAAAUUCAUGUUACUAUUUUUCUUGUGAUUAUUAGAUUUUAUUUUUUUGCUCUUAACCAGAAUGGUCUUAAUAUUUUUCCCUUAUUUAUUGUCAUCAGAGAUUCUCUAGUAAAAUUCACUUUACCAACAUA